GGAGGAAGCUGCUCCACAGACGACCAAGAACAGGGAGGAGGAGGAGGAGGAAGAGAGGAUCCACAGGACGUGAACGCUGGCAGCAGAGGAGGGAGGGGUGGGGGGGGCUUCCAGACUGGUUGGGCCCAGCAAUGCCUUGAUGGAGUAUGGGCCAGGUUUUAGGAUUCUCCCACUGCCAGGAAUAUGGCUCUGUGGCGUCCACUCCAGACUCAACUCCUCCGUGCACUGACGGCGGGAAUGAAGAAUCAGAGAUUUAUGAGCUCCAGACAGCCAGAGAGUGGUCUGAUGAUGAUGAGGAUGUGGGAGACGGGGAUCCGGGGGAUGAUGACGGACUGGCCUCUUCCCCGUCCAUCUGGGGCACCCCCCGUCAGAACUCUUUUGAGCUGACUUUCUCCUACAUCGCCAUCGCCGAGGCCGAGGCCGUCGGGGCUUCGAGGCACCACCGUGAUCGGCGUAGGGGAGGCCCUCGGGGCAGUCGCACUCCUCUGAUCCGAACCGACACCCUGGAGACGCUGCUGGACUCCCCGGAUGUCGACUGGGACCCACAAGCCUUCCUCAACCGAGAGGAAGAGGAGGAAGCGUUAGAGAGAGGAGAGGGGGACAGGGUCGAUGUAAGGACAGCGAGCCCCGGAAGGCGAAGGGUCAGGGAACUAACUCAGACUAUCACAAUCCAGCCCUCUACCCAAACCCCAGACCUAGAAACACAAGGGGGGGACGCGGGAGUCCAAAGAGAGGAGAGCAUGAGCCAUUAUGUCCGACCUCCCUCUCCAACCCAGACAGCCCAGCAACAGAGCCCCUCACAGAUGAUUCAGGCAGCAGCUGCUUCACCAAUCCCUGAGCACGAGUCUCCCGUCACCAGGGAAACCAUCUCAGUCAAGCUUCUCACAUCGCCCAGAGGCCCACCGUGCUCGUCCUCGGCUGUCAUUGGCCUUAACUCUCAGGAACAGCUGGUCAGCGAUCACUGGUUUUCAGCGCUUGACCUAACAGAGGAUCCAGUAUGCACCCACAUAGCAGGAGUGGUGGGCGGUGCUGUGAAUGAGAUUAUUUUGGGCUGUGAGGCUUUUGAAUUGCUGAGCGAGCAGUGGGUGGCCAAAAACAGCUCAGAGGGGCAAGCGGAGUACAGGGGGACUCAGAGAGGGACUGAGGGUGUGAGGGGAGACACUGGAGCAUCGACCAAAAUGGCCAGUAAAGUGAUGGACCUGAUCUACUGGAAGGACACGGAGCGCACCGGCAUGGUGCUCACAGGUUUGGUGGUGGGAUUACUGUCCCUGUUCCAGCUCAGCAUCAUCACUGUGGUGUCCACAGUCUCCCUGGCCGUCAUGUGCUUCACCAUCUCAGUUCGCAUCUAUUAUCAAUUCCUCUACAUCCUCAGCUGGGGGGAUGGGGAACAUCCCUUCAAGUCAUACUUGGACCUUGACAUCAGUUUCAGUGGAGAACAGGCUGACCUCUACAUGCAGAAAGCUAUUGUUCUCACUAUGUCUGCUUUUGACACUCUGAUGAGGCUCCUUUUUGUUGCAAACCUUUAUCAAUCCCUCAAGCUCCUAUUUCUGAUGUACCUUGUGACUUACCUGGGAGAUCUGUGCAAUGGCCUUACUCUGCUCAUCAUUAGUGUAAUUGCUGUGUUUUCUGUGCCACUUUUAUAUCAAAGACGCCAGGAAGAGAUUGAUGGCGUCAUUGCAAAAAUCCAGGCCAAAAUCGACAAUGUCAAAGAAUUUCUGAGAAGACUCGCACAGGGUGGCGGCCCUCCUCCUGAUCCAACUCCUGGUGGCGCCAAACCCAAAACCCACUAA